AUGGUAAUAAAUAAUUUUAAGAACCAACCGACAUGCAUAUCAGUACAUCGUAUUGAGGAAACAGAUACGUCUACUCAAAUUUAUGGCUGGAAAGUGGUUGGGCACACAUAUGACGAGCAAAUUCGUCUUCGGGACAUGGCUACUGUUGUUGCUGCCUGGCCUGAAACUGCUGAGGAUAACGUACCUACAGUGCCAUGUUUAUCAGCUGAUGGACAUUUGCUUGUGCUUAGUGCUAGAGCAAGUCGUGUACGUUAUGGUGUAAGCGCGACUUUUAUAAUGAUCUACCCUAACGAUGUUACACGUGUCUUACCAAAAAAGAAUUCAGCGCAACCGUUUUCUUCUCAUUUGUUCAGCUUGUGGUGUAUUUUUGAUGAUGGAUCAGUGACAUCUGCCUAUAGUUACGAUUCAAAGUAUGGCAGUGAACGUGUAUCACUCCUCGACUGUCCACUCAGUCCCUUUGCUAGUGACCAAUUAUGGCGAUACAAUCGGACAUUAAGAGUGUAUCUCGCUUCGACAACAGACAAAGAUCGAAAUGCACCCAUACUGAAAGCAUUUAUCACUGUCCCAUUGCCUUCAUUUUUCUCGUUGAAUUCUAGUCAGGAAUUGUUAACAUUAUGUACUUCACCGCUGCACAAUGGAGCUGAGUAUUUAACUCAAUGGAUAGAAUUCCAUCGACUGGUCGGUUUUCGAAAGUUCGUUGUUUACAACACAACCGAUACCCAUGAACGCUUGUCAUCUGUUGUCAAUACUAUCAAUCGAAAAUAUUCGAAUCUAGUUGAUGUUGUUCAAUGGAAUUUCUCAUCUCUUUACCUGAUCGACAUUUUGCCGACGCGAUACUUUCAGACUGAAGCUUUGCACGAUUGUCUGAUUCAAUAUGGUGAUCAAUCAGAAUGGUUAGGUAUGCUUGAUCUCGAUGAGUACAUUGUGCCGCUUGAUCCAUAUCAAACUGUGCUUGACUAUUUGCAUAACAACUUUCGUCGACGCAUCAUCGGGUCAAUCAAUCUAUGGAGUCAAUUCUUUUGCACAAAAGAGGCUAAUCAGUACACACUAGAAGAGAAUAAUAAAAGCCGUUUGAUUAUUGACCGCUUUAUUUUGCGUGCACCUGAUCUUUAUAAACAGGGACGUGAAAAGUACCUUUAUCGGCCACGUUUCGUUCAGUAUUUAUCUAUUCAUCAUCAGAUCAUUGGACUUGCCAAGCAACAGACCUCACGAAAUCAUAUACUUUUGGCCCAUUAUGCAUCUAUGAGUCGACUGCGAAGCAUGCCAGGCUGCAGUAGUGGUCAAUAUGUGACAGAUACGAGUGUUCGAGACCGAUUCGCUAAAAAAGUCAAGGACGCAAUAGAAAAUUUGAUGGUAUAA